CCGUCAACACACAUGCAGGUAAUUGUAAUUAGGCUGCGAUUGAAUCAACCUGUUUGUAGUAGCUUGAACUAACUCCUCUUAGGCUGGAGAAUCUCUCCACAGCCCAGAUCGUGUUGUCACUCACACAAACACGCAGCAUCUGUCGGGCUUCUCACCUCCUACCUGUGUGUUUGAUGGCUGUGUUACUAGUAUCAGGGUGGCUCACUGUCCUGAUAGCAGCCACUUUUGCUCAAAAUAGUCCACAAGCAAAUGUCACCUUUGUUUGUCUGGGCAAUGUUGUCCGUGUGGAUGUAGAUGUACCUGGAGGCAUAGUUACUGAAAUUGCGCCUGGAAAAUAUGAUCCUGCCUUCCUUCCCAUGCCAGAAUUUGCUGCUCAGUGUGGCUUCAGAUUUCGGACAGAUCCUCAGGGGAAAAACAAAUUUUAUGGCCCCAUUCAACACUGCUUUGUCGAAAAUGAGGAAGAUGCAUACUUUACAGAAGUGAAGGUUAAAGUGUACUGGAAUGAGUUUGGUGAGGUGGCAUUCUACGGUAAUGGUACCUGCUCCUACCCUAAAUGGAGCUCCAGAGAAAUCAUCUGUGACCCUGGCUUUAUGGAGGUGUCUGUGAAAAGAGCAGCUCCGAACGAUUACGAUCUUCCCGCGCAGCAACUUACAAAGUUUGGCGAUCCCCGCCGAGCAGCUGAGCCCCUGGGUCCUGAAUUCCACAUGGUCUCCAUGGUGUUCUACACCCCUGAGGAGACGAUUAUGAAGGUGGCAGAGGCCCAGGAAAGAGGUUACAGGAUUGGGAACAUUGGGUCGAGGCUUGUUAUAAGGUCCUCGCAGACUGCACCUGAAACCUACAGCAAGGACGUUGCAGGAGUGUCCAUGAAUGUGCUUGAAACCACCACCGUCUUUGAAAAGAAAUGGUUGGCAACUCGUGUCAAUGCAGCUGCUGCUUGUCCAAAACCAGAAGGUAAAGUCUGUGGAAACAAAAAAAACAGUCAUUCAGUGGGAAUCAUCAUCAUAGCAUUAAAAACUCGUGGGGAAAGUUUAGCACUGGGCCCAAAAUCUCAGUGA